CCAUUCGUCAAAGGAAAAGAGUGGAAUUACGUCAUCGAGCACUUCAGCGCGCAGUAGUUUUCCCCCAUCGAUUCUCGGCUCCUUAUAAAUUCAGCUACGCCACCCAUUCGAAUUCAAAGCACGAUUGCAGAGCCUCAUUCACUAGAGACUAUAGUGCCCGUUGACUUAAUUUACUGUUCCAACUAUGGUUGAAUCUGUGUCAAUUUUGGGAAAUUCUGCACCAAUUGAAAAUGGUGUUAAUCAUGUUAAAUUGCUUCCUGCAUCUAAUGAUGAUCAUGAGGGUGUAAUAGUUGACAUGAAGGAGCCUAUGGAACCUGACGUAUUUCUCACCUUGCUCAGAGCUUCAUUAUCACUGUGGAGGCAACAGGCGAAGAGGGGAGUUUGGAUUAAGUUACCCAUUGAACUUGUAAAUCUUGUAGAAACUGCAGUUAAGGAAGGAUUUUGGUACCACCAUGCUGAGCCAAGUUACCUUAUGCUUGUUUACUGGAUUCCUGAAACUGCAAGUACAAUCCCUGCUAAUGCUUCACAUAGAGUAGGUAUUGGUGCUAUUGUCAUUAAUGACAAAAGAGAGGUGCUUGUUGUCCAGGAAAAGAGUGGCAGAUUUCGAGGAACAGGGGUGUGGAAAAUUCCCACUGGAGUUGUUGAUGAGGGUGAGGAUAUCUUCAAGGCAGCUAUGAGAGAAGUAAAAGAAGAGACAGGAAUUGACACAGAGUUUCAGGAGAUUUUGGCGUUCAGACAGUCACACAAAUCAUUCUUUGGGAAGUCAGAUUUAUUUUUUCUGUGCUUCCUGCAUCCCUUAUCUUUUGACAUCCAGAAUCAAGAACUAGAAAUUGAAGCAGCCCAGGUAAUUUCGGGAAAUGCACAAGGCGUUACCUCUCUAGUAAUUCAGUGGAUGCCAUUUGAGGAAUAUGCGGCUCAACCGUUUGCCCAGAAGCAUGAACUUUUCAAGUAUAUUGCUGACUUAUGCUUAGCAAAGCUGGACCGAAGUUAUGCUGGAUUUUCUCCAUUGCCUACAACAUCAUUUUUUAAUGACCAGAUAAGUUACUUGUAUUCAAACAUCCAAGAUUUGAAGCGUACAAGUUCCGCUGAUCACCAAUAGAAACGGGCUUAUAUUGUUGGUGGAACCAUAUUAUUUCAUUUAUUGAUGUUUCUCUUUCGCACUUAAUGAGAAAAAGCGCAUGCUUGAAAUGUGACAAAUUCCAAAGUAACAUGUUAAAGAGUACAGAAUAAGCCUAAUCGGCAGAUCUUUUGUAAUAGUAAGCUCCAAAAAACUAGCAAGUUCGUCAUUGUAGUGUCGCGGGAAUGAUAUGCCAUUUUUCAUUAAUUGUUCCUGUAAUGAAAGCAUAGGAUAACAUGUUAAAAGUACUUAAAUGUAAGGAAAGAAUGGGAUUGUCUCUUGUUAAAGAGUACUUAAAUCACCUUUCCUUUUAUUUAUUAUCUUUUUCUUGGACA